GCAGAGACCGUGAGCUGCAGGAAGGGGAGAGCCGCGGAGAGCCGUCGCCGGCGUAGUAAGGACAGCACUGGGUAUUGUAAUAAAAAUAAGGCACUCGCGGGACGCAUGCGCACGGCCAACGGAGGCGAGCCGGCCCGAGCGGCUCCUCAGGCUGAUGGGGUGGACGGCGGGACCCAUGGCCUCCUCCUCCGUCUGUACCCCGGUCUCAGAGGCAGCCAUAAGUGGUCACUGUCACCUAUCACUGCUCCACUUUUGUGGGGAGCAAUCCGGACUGGACUAAGUUACUGGAAUUAAGACUUAUUCUAUGCAUCUGCUCUCCUGUGGGGAGCAGCCCGGACUGGACUAAGUUACUGGAAUUAAGACUUAUUCUAUGCAUCUGCUCUCCCACAAUAUGGCGCUGGGAGAGAAGUAAACAGCUUCCGCACAGCUGCCUCCAGUUCAACCAAUUAACUGUAGGACUUGCUCCUGAUUGGAGAGCAGCGUACUCGGCGUGUGGGCAGCCGAGUUGGGAUUGGCGGAGGAGGACUAUAAAGGAGGAGAGAGACGGCAUGCACCAGGAACAUCUAUGGGGAACAUCUAAGGGAACCCGUGCAGCCCCCAGAGAGCCGGCCGGCGGUGUGCCGCUCCCCUGCGGAAGUGGGGAAUGCGGCCAGGGGGAACUGCCCUUCCACGGAGGUGGAAGGGAUAGUAGCCAACCCGGGAAGAACCAGCAGCAAACCCGGGGAGGGCCGAGCAGACGAAAGAACAGCGCAGGGUCCUGUGUCGUUCCUCCACGAAGAGGGGGAGCGACAUAAUGGUGCCGUGACUCGGAUAUGAAGCCUAGGCAGGACUCUGUGUCGUUCCUCCACGAAGAGGGGGAGCGACACACUUUGGUUCAGUAAAACGGGAAUCUGGAGACGAGACAGGAAAAGCACUAUUGCAAGAUACAACAUCAGCAUCUUGGAUGUCCCUGUCUGUCUGCUUUAUAUUCGCCUAUGGGAUCUGAGCACUUGGAGAUGCGGAAGCGACAGUUGUCAGCUGCCCAGGGGACACCAGCCUCCAUCCCCAGCCAGCCUGGAGCGGGAAGUCGAGGGUCCAAUGCUUGCUGCUUCUGCUGGUGCUGCUGCUGUAGCUGCUCGUGUCUCACAGUUCGAAACCAAGAUCAGAGACUCACAGCAGCUUCCCGUGAAUUCCGAGCGGCGGACCUUCCAGCCUGUGAGGAAAGCCCGAGUCCUACGCUGGAGGAAGUCAAUGCCUGGGCUCAGUCCUUCGACAACUUGAUGGUCACCCCAGCAGGCAGAAACGCCUUCCGGGAGUUCCUCCGCACAGAAUUCAGUGAGGAAAACAUGCUUUUCUGGCUGGCCUGUGAAGAACUGAAAAAAGAAACGAAUAAAAACAUUAUUGAAGAGAAAGCAAGGAUAAUAUAUGAAGACUACAUUUCCAUUUUGUCUCCUAAAGAGGUCAGCUUAGACUCCCGAGUCAGAGAAGUCAUCAACAGAAACAUGGUGGAGCCAUCCCAACACAUAUUCGAUGAUGCUCAACUCCAGAUUUACACCCUAAUGCACAGAGACUCAUAUCCCCGAUUCAUGAACUCUUCUCUCUAUAAGGACUUGCUUCAGUCCUUAGCUGAGAAAUCAAUCGAAGCAUAGGAGUUUUCAAAUAUAUUUAUUAUUAAUAAAAUAAUAAAAAUAACUCACGGAUUGCAUCUAGCACAGGGAACUUAGCAGUAGGGCUAUCUUCUGCUGGAGUAACACUGAGGCUGCUCUGGUAACAGAUGCUUCCUUUGACAGCUCUAUAUUCACAACGUAAAUUGCAGCCUCCUCUAGUGAUAUUUUUUGAAAAACUGGGAUACGGCUGUUUUAGGAAGAUAGCGUAUUUGCAUUUACAGUAACAGUAGUAUGUUCUCAGUGGUGAGGGAUACACUGGAAGACGCCCUACUGCCCGGAGCAUGUACAUCCACGGGAGCAAAUAAGAUCACUUUUGUUUUGCAUGAGGUCAGUAAUUACUCUCCCCUGAAAAGAACACACAUUCAAGUGCUUCUCAGCUACCCACCCCUUCCUUCCAUCAAUUUUGGUUUGCAUACUUCAUUUACCAGUGCCAUCACAGUACCUGAGUUCACAUUUUAUAAAAAAUUUGACCACCCUUGUAAAAUUGUUAUCUCACCUAUGUUACAGUAUGUAUAAGUAUGUAGACACAUUUAUGUGUGUGUCAGUGUAAAGCGCUGUGCUCUUAGGUAAGUUAGUCUCAAAUGUUUGGUAAGAGAACAGGGCUUAGAAAAUCCUUUUAUGGAAAAGAGUUACCAUUAUCUUAUCAGAAGUUGUCAAUCUGAAGAAUGAAUGUUAAACUUCACAAUUUAGUCUCGUUCACAGUAAAACUUCAAAACAAGCACAUUUCCAUUUUACUAUCAAAAAUGGGCAUUUUACUCUUAACAAAAAUAAAGCACAAGAGUUUUAUCUCAA